CUGCGACCAAGACCUAACCAUUCUUGAGCUAUUAAAGAAACAGCAAUUUUCGAAAUAUUAAACUUCAGUGCUUCCAAAUCCCAUCCAUCAUGAAGCGAAGUCUUCAUCUGCUACUGCAUAUUACUGGUAUUAUCCAAAUUGCCUUGCAAGCAGUCAGUAAUGACUAUGUCCUGAUCACAAAACCAUCAACAUGGUCGAACGCACAGCUUUACUGCAGGGCACACUAUCUUGACUUGGCUACUGUGCAGACUAAUUAUGACUGGCAAAAGUUGGAUGCUGAGGCAGCAAGAAAUGCUUUGACGACAACCGGCUGGAUCGGACUUUACAAUAGAUAUAACGAAUGGUACUGGACCUGUGCUACAUGUACUUACCUUUUAAACCACUGGGCCCCUGGACAGCCAGAUAAUGCUGGUGGGAAUCAAACCUGUGUUGCCAUAAACUCAAACGGAUACUGGGAAGAUUAUGCCUGCACAGAUUUGAAACCCUUCAUAUGUUACAAUGCUAGCUCAGGAGCACAUGUUCCUGUCUCUUCUCCUACAAUGAGCUGGUGGGGAGGCCGGACUUACUGCGCCAAAUAUCACAAAGAUUUGGCUACUGUAGCCAAUAACACAGAGAAUACCCAGUUACAAGAAAUAGCAUUACUCCAGGGCACUUCUUGGUUUGGCCUAUUUAGGAAAACAUGGAUUUGGUCUGAUGGGACCAAUGCUGUGGGACUCCAGUGGAAACCUGGUUUCCCAAAUAAUGCUGAUCGCAAUGACAACUGUGCUUCUGUCAAUAACAGCAUGUUUGUAGAUAGACCAUGCAACAGCCUCUACAAUUUCUUCUGUCAAUCGAAAUCUAUAGUAAGGAAUCAAGUACUGAAACUGCAGAUUAAUGGAGAUGAAAGUGUGUUUAAUCCUACUGUUCAGUCUGCCAUUUUACAGAAGGUUGUGCAGAAACUAAAGGAUCAUGGCCUUACAAAGGACACAAAUGUAACCUGGAGGUUGCAGUCAGAUGAGAAUGUCAUUUACAAGAAACGCAUUUCUAUAAUGUAGCCAUAA